GGACGGACGCCGCUGUCGCGGGCGGCCGUGAACGGGCACGAGGCGGUCGUGAAGCUGCUGCUCGACACCGGCAAAGUCGACCCGGACGCCAAGGACCGCGUCGGACGGACGCCGCUGUUGCAGGCGGCCGAGAAGGGGCACGAGGCGGUCGUGAAGCUGCUGCUCGACACCGGCAAGGUCGACCCGGACGCCAAGGACGGCGACGGACAGACGCCGCUG